AUGAAGACAUGCAGGAAGCAAUCGAAAAGUUUGACGGGUAUGAACUCUAUGGUCGUCGCCUACGCGUCUAUGAGGAUCGACCGAAUAAACGUUCGCGAUCUAUUUCUCGUCGGUCCAGAUCUGGGAGUCGUGAACGGAAACGUUCCGCUCGUUCUCGAAGCCGGGACUCGUNCUCGCUCGCCGCGUCGUCGACGUGAGCGAACCGGUUCAAGUGAUCGGAAUCGUUCGACUUCGCGUGAUCGUCGCGAUUCGCAUAAGCGUUUCCGCGAUGGAUCGGCCGAUCGAAGGGUGCUGAUUCACGAUCUCCAAGCCGAAAUGGACGUGAAGGGAGUUCGAAAGAUCCCGUUUCGAGACGUUCCCGUUCGCGUUCGGUUUCGCACUCGCGAUCCAGAAGUAGAUCACGAUCGGCAGGAUCGGCGACUCCCGAACGCUCCCGUUCUCGGUCUGCUACCCACUCACGGUCGCGUUCGAGGUCUCAACGCAGUCAUUCUGGCUCAGAACGACAUCGCUCAGAUGAUGAAAUGGACAAUGACCGACGCAGUGAUUAUGAACAAGACGGGAAAGGCAGAGAUUCGGAUUAGUUGCAUUUUGAACUCUGUACCCCAACAUUGUUUGUCUAUGCAUAUUAUACAUUUUAAUCAGCCAAGACAAUUUUUUCGGAGUUGUAUGCUAUAA